UCUCUUAUUGCUCGGCCUGUUGGAGUUGUCGGCAAGAAGGAACCGAGAGGGCGCAGGGCUGACAGCACCUGAUAUACCACGCCAUGAGCAUGGCACUCCAGAGGGUGCCACAGCUGGCCCUAUGGGUACCACUAAGGCAAAAGACUCUGAUGGCCGCGCACGUGGGCAUGCGCAUAACCUACAAUGGAAUGGACAUGAGCAACACAUCUCAAAGAAUAACAGUUAUAAAACGGUGAGUAACUGUUUUUUCUCCUCUCUCCUGGCAGCCUCCUUGACAUUUAUUGUAUCUCUUUCUGUGCCAUUCAGGUUUUCCAGCGUGCACCCAACCGCCAGUGACAAUCUGCCAAACCGCAUAAUCUCUGGCAAGGUGCUUGUGAAACCGAACAUCAAGGAGUUCGCCACAACCAGCGCCAUCUUCAAAGAUGGAACCAGAGAGGAGAACCUUGAUGUGGUUAUCUUUGCUACAGGAUACAGCUUCUCUUUCCCCUUCCUCGGGGACUGUGUCAAAGUGGUCGAAAACCAGGUCUCCCUGUAUAAAUUUGUCUUCCCUCCUCAUCUGGAGAAGCCAACUCUGGCUUUUAUUGGCCUCAUCCAGCCAUUUGGGCCCCUCAUGCCCAUUGCCGAACUCCGGGGUCACUGGGCCACACGUGUGUUCAAGGGUACGUGAACCAAAAUGCAGGAAAUAGUCUAGCCUGCUGGGCAAAGAAAGCACAGACAUUUCCAAGGAAAUCCUACAGCCAGUGCUGUUCAGGUGGACAGUCUGCCAUUAUGCAACAUUUCUGUUGCUC